CCCAAGUAUUCUGAGCCUUCUAAGUAGAACAGGAUAGAAGGGACAAAGUGGUGAUGGUUUUGGGUAUCUCAGCUGAGAGCAGAGUAAAGGUAUUGAGGUGAAGGAGGAGGUCAGUGAGUAAGAGAUGACCUGAGGAGUGGAAAUAUUAUCCCUUAGACAGCUGAGAACUGGCUCUGAACAUAGGUGGGUUAAAACAUUUAUGUUUUAAUAAAUAAAUACAUUGGAAUAGACUGAUUAUCUCCCCUCCUGGGACAUUGCCUUACAGAAACUCAUGGAUCCAGAAUUUGGAGUCAACAGGACGUCUGUUACUGAGUUCAUUCUACUGGGCCUAGUAGAAACAGAACAGCUACAGUCUGUGGUCUUUGUAGUCUUCCUCUUUGCCUACCUGGUCACAGUCGGAGGCAACCUCAGCAUUCUGGCUGCCAUCUUGGUGGAGCCUAAACUCCACACCCCCAUGUACUUCUUCCUGGGGAACCUAUCAGUGCUGGAUGUUGGGUGCAUCACUGUCACUGUUCCCUCGAUGUUGGUUCGUCUCCUGUCCCACAAGCGUACAAUUCCCUAUGGAGCCUGCCUCACACAGCUUUUCUUCUUUCACCUUCUGGCUGGGAUGGACUGCUUUCUGUUGACUGUCAUGGCCUAUGACCGAUUCCUGGCCAUCUGUCAGCCCCUUACUUACAACACCAGAAUGAGCCAGACAGUCCAGAAAAUAUUGGUGGCUGUGUCCUGGGCUUUAGGUUUCACUAAUGCACUAAAUCACACUAUUGCCCUAAAUACCCUCAACUUCUGUGGUCCCAAUGCAGUCAAUCACUUCUACUGUGACCUCCCACAGCUCUUCCGGCUCUCCUGCUCCAGCACCCAACUCAACGAGCUGCUGCUCUUUGUAGCAGCAGCCUUCAUGGCUGUAACCCCCUUGGUCCUCAUCACUGUGUCUUAUGCACAUGUGGCAGCUGCAGUCCUACAAAUCCGCUCAGUGGAAGGCAGGAAGAAGGCCUUUUCCACAUGUGGCUCCCACCUCACUGUGGUUUGCCUCUUCUAUGGUACUGGUAUCUUCAACUACAUGCGUCUUGGUUCUGAGGAGUCUUCAGACAAGGAUAAAGGGGUUGGGGUCUUUAACACUGUUAUCAAUCCCAUGCUGAAUCCACUUAUCUACAGCCUUAGAAACCCUGAUGUCCAGGGUGCCCUGUGGCGAGUACUUGUGGGGAGGCAGUCACUGACCUAAAGGUUGAUAGCAUCCCUUCCUUCUUGCCUUUUCUGGUUUAAGGGAAAAUUCUCAUGAAGGCAAUAACCUUGGAAAAUGGUCCCAAACCAUAUCUCUCACUGCCUGAAGAUCUGUGUGAUGUAUUUGUCCAGCAAAGAAGUCCUACAUAACUGAUUCAUACAGCAAAUAUUUAUUAAAUUGCUUCUAUGAUCCAGACACUCUCCUAGGGGACUAGGGGACUAGUGAACAAAGUAGAAGUCUCUGAACUUAUGCAAGUCACAUUCUAAUUAAGAGAGACAAAAUACAUAAAUAAGCAUCAUGUGUGGAAUAUCACAUAUCAGUAAGGGCUAUAAAGAAAAACAAAGAUAGGAGGAUAUAAACAAGUGCCUUGGGUAAGUUGCUGCCUUGUAUAUAGCUGUGCUCAUUUUCUAGGUAAGGUUGAAGCCUUAGGGGCUGGGUAGCUCUGGACACUAAUGUCCUACAGGGAAGGGCUAUUUGGCUAAUAUGUAACCCAUUAACCUAAGUAACCAGGAAUAUUAUGGUGAAGUUUUUUUUUUCUGGUGGGGACAUAAGAUUCCACCUAGAUCAGAGUGCAGAAAACAGUUUAAAACCAUUGGUCCAGUGCCAAGUU